CUCAGACUCCUACCUCCUCCUGCCUCGUCUCCCGGCAGCAAAGCCGCUGGGUCCAGCCCGCGCAUGGCUGGUGGGGUGCGGGAUGCGCGGUGGGGGAAGCGCCGGGUUUCCCGGCGGCAGUGCCUGACGGAAUGGCUUCCCUGCAGAGGGUCCCGAGGCCGGCGACGGGGACCCGCAUGAGCGUCCCCGCUCCGCAGGAGGUCCCCGCGCGGGUAUCCGGCCCGCACGGCCGGGGGCGGGGCGGCGGGGAGGCCCCUGCCCGCAGACGCGGAGACCCGGGGCAGCAGCGGGCGGUGAGCGCCGGAGGCAUGGCCGCGGGGGCGGCCCCGGGCCUGGAGGGGCCCCCCCAGCACAAGCAGAUCUCUGACACAAAGCUUUCUGCGGAUGAUGAGUGGAACCUGCAGCAGGAGAGGAUGUACAAGCUGCACCAGGGACACGAGUCCAUGCACAUGGAGAUGAUCUUGGUCUUCCUCUGCGCCCUGGUCAUUGCCCAGGUGGUGCUGGUGCGGUGGAGACAGAGGCACGGCCGCUCCUACAACCUGGUGACCCUGUUGCAGAUGUGGGUUGUCCCUUUGUAUUUCACGAUAAAACUUUACUGGUGGCGAUUUCUGUCUAUGUGGGGAAUGUUCUCAGUUAUUACCAGCUACAUCCUCUUCAGAGCCACCCGAAAACCCCUCUCAGGGAGAACACCACGAUUGGUUUACAAAUGGUUUCUUCUAAUCUACAAGCUCAGCUAUGCAUUUGGUGUUGUGGGUUAUUUGGCUAUCAUAUUUACAAUGUGUGGAUUCAAUUUAUUUUUCAGAAUCAAAGCUAGAGACUCCAUGGAUUUUGGCAUUGUGUCCUUGUUCUAUGGCCUCUACUAUGGAGUAAUGGGGAGAGACUUCGCAGAGAUCUGUUCGGACUACAUGGCUUCUACUCUAGGGUUCUACAGCGUCAGCGGGAUGCCCACCAGGAGUCUGUCGGACGACAUCUGUGCCGUGUGUGGGCAGAAGAUCAUUGUGGAACUCGAUGAAGAAGGGCUCAUUGAAAACACCUACCAGCUUUCAUGCAAGCAUGUCUUUCAUGAAUUCUGCAUCCGAGGUUGGUGUAUUGUUGGUAAAAAGCAGACGUGCCCUUACUGCAAAGAGAAGGUUGAUUUGAAGAGGAUGAUCAAUAACCCCUGGGAGCGCACACACUUUUUAUAUGGACAGAUCCUGGACUGGCUUCGUUAUCUGGUGGCCUGGCAACCCGUGGUAAUAGGAAUCGUUCAAGGCAUUAACUAUUCACUAGGGCUGGAAUAGCAUGGCACACUUACCCCAGAAGCAAUGUACUGCAUGUUGAAAUAUUUUCUAAUACUCUUUUAAUUUUUAGAGAUCCCAAGAACUUAGAGAACUGAAUAAAAACUGACACUGUGUCUGUGUGGAGAGAAUUUAAACAGAAGCUGAGCAAUGGAAUAAACACAGAGGCCUUGGAUCUUUCUGAUUACGACCAUUUUCUAAUCCUCGUUUGUGACGCAUAUGGUACCACCCACGGAAAUGGCAACCCACUCCAGUAUUCUUGCUUGGAGAAUCCCAUGGAUGGAGAAGCCUGGUAGGCUACAGUCCGUGGGGUCGCAAAGAGUCAGACACGACUGAGCGACUUUACUUCACUUUCACCGUGGACAUCCCAUCUCGAGUUUGGCUUACAGUGAUCUCACCUGAGAUGUGUUUCAGAGGUUUGCAAAGUACUUCUCACAUACAAUUUUAUUGAGUUACAACAAAUGCCCUCUUAUCAGUUCAACAUCUUCAAAGUACAGUCAUUAAAUCUAUGGUUUAA